AUGCUGCCUCCCUCCAGCAAGCGCAAGGUCCCCCCAACCCCCGGACCUGCACCGAAGCGAAACAAGAACGAGUCCGGCACUGGCCCACGGUCGAAAGCAGCAGCAGCGGGCGGGAAACCAAAGAGCAAACCCAGGGCCUCCUCCUCGUCCAUCGGCAGAAAGGUGCUUGACGCUUCCUCGCUUGGCUGGGAAGCAGUUGGCCAGGACGACUUUGGCGCGCUGCAGGUCAUCUCGGGCGUCGACGUGGUCAGAAACGGUGGAAAUGUCCAGUUCAUCGUGAAGGACGAGGAAAAGGAGCUUUCGCGUGCGCCUUCUGAAGCUGGAGAUGAAGAAGACUCUUUUGAAGGGUUUAGUGACGGCCCUGUGGAGGGCCAAGAUGUCCAUCCCCGCAAAGCUGGCGAUGCUGGAGCUGACUUGGAGGGCGACAAGUCUCCGCCAGAGAGUGGCGAGGUUUGCGGCCUCGCCAAGGCGGAGGAGGAGGAGCAAGCCAAGACGGCCAACAACCGGGGCAAGAUCCAAGCCGCGCGGAAAAGGGAGGCGGUGCCACCGAGAGACGCCGGCAAAACCACGCCGAGGCCCGCUCCAGACGGCAGCGGGAACGAGUUUCUGGCGCUGGCGGAGAUGACGGAUCAGGACGCCGAGGCGGACAACCUCGACAUGGCCCAGUGGAUGGCGCUGAAUCUGUCGCCGGCCUUGGUCUCCGCCAUUGCAAAGCUGGGCUUCACCGCCCCAACCGCCAUCCAGAAGCAAGCAAUCCCCGAGAUCAUCGCGGGAGAGGAUGUGAUUGGCAAGGCGCAGACUGGUUCGGGGAAAACGCUGGCCUUUGGCAUCCCCAUUGUCGACAAGUGGCUCGAGCAAAACGAGCGAACUCACGCCGAGUCGGACGACGACGACGACGACGGCGACGACCGGAAACCCCAGGCGAGCAAGCCUCCCAUGGCGCUGGUUCUCAGCCCGACACGGGAGCUGGCCAAGCAGAUUGGCAGCCACAUCAAGGCCGUGUGCGACGGCCUGCCUGCGUCGCCCCAUGUCUGCGUCGUCACGGGCGGGCUGAGCGUGCAAAAGCAGCAGAGGCAGCUGGCAAAGGCGGACAUUGUCGUUGGCACGCCCGGUCGUCUGUGGGAGGUCUUGGACGGCGACGCCGCCCUCCAGCAGCAGUUUACCAAGAUCCAGUUCCUGGUCAUUGACGAAGCCGACAGGCUGUUCAAGGCGGGGCAGUUUAAAGAGGCAGAAAGCAUCAUUGGCGCCCUGGACAGACGCCGCCCCGCGGCCGACGGUUAUUCUGACGGUUCCGACCCCGACGAUGCUGCCGACGAUGCUGCCCGCGACACCGCCCACCGGCAGACGCUUGUCUUUUCGGCCACGUUUGACAAGGAUCUGCAGACCCAGCUGGCCGGCAAAGGCAGGGGACCCAAGCCCGGGAGCCAGGAGGAGAAGAUGGCAUACCUCACCAAGUGCCUCAGGUUCCGGGGGGAACCCAAGUUCAUCGACGUCAAUCCUGCCAGCCGCAUGGCCGACAACCUCUGCGAGGGCUUGAUUGAAUGCGGAGCCAUGGAAAAGGACUUGUACUUGUACACGGUUCUUCUACUCAAUCCCGGCCGCCGCACCCUCGUCUUCACCAACUCCAUCUCCGCCGUCCGCCGAAUCACGCCCCUCCUCCAGAACCUCAACCAGGCCGCCGUGCCGCUGCACUCGCAGAUGAUGCAGAAGGCGCGGCUCCGAUCCCUGGAGCGCUUCGCCGCCGCCCGCCACGCCGUCCUCGUCGCCACCGACGUCGCCGCUCGCGGUCUCGACAUCCAGCAAGUCGACCAGGUCAUCCACUACCACGUGCCCCGCGCCGCGGACACGUACAUCCAUCGCUCGGGGCGCACCGCCCGCGCCGACCGCAGCGGCGCCAGCAUCCUGCUCUGCUCGCCGGACGAGGUCCUCCCCACGCGCAGGCUCGCCGGCAAAGUCCACGCCGAGCGCGCCCCGGCCGGCAGGAAGCAGCACGUCAUCGAGAGCCUGCCCGUCGACAGGAAAGUCGCGUCGCGCCUCAAGCCGCGCGUGGACCUGGCCAAGAAGAUUACCGACGCCAUGCUGGCCAAGGAAAAGGCCCACAGCAACGACGCCUGGCUCCGCAACGCCGCCGAGGAGCUCGGCGUCGACUACGACUCGGACGAGUUCGAGGCCACCGCGGCGAGCGGCUGGGCCGGGGCCAGCCGCGGCGGCGGGCGGCGGCGCAAGGAGAAGGAGGCCAGGGCCUUGUCCAAGGCCGAGAUGGGGGCGCUGAAGGCCCAGCUGAGGCACGAGCUGAGCCAAAGAGUCAACUUGGGCGUCAGCGAACGGUACAUCACCGGCGGGCGGGUCGACGUCGCACAGCUGCUGAAGGAGAGGGACAAUUCCGUCGCCGGGCUUUUCCUCGGAGGGGGCAACCUGGGGUUGGGCUUAUGA